AUGCUGGCCCUGCUCGAAGCCAUCAAACCCCAAAUUCUCUUCUCACCUCCAGAAGCUAAAGCCUUCGACUACGUACUCGGUUUUACAUGCAGCAACGACGUCUCUGCACGGACUUUCCAGUCGAUCACGACACAAUGGUCUUUCUCAAAAGGUCUGGACGGCAGCUGUCCUCUUGGUCGGGUAUUGGUUACUAAAGACGCUAUUCCUGAUCCCCAAGCGCUAGAUAUCAAGGCCAUCUACAAUGGCGUCACUGUCCAGGACGGGAAUACUAAAGAUAUGAUCUUCAACAUCGCUAAGCAGAUCAGCUAUCUCUCGCAGGGCACGACCAUCGAGGCGGGUACAAUCUUUCUCACCGGAACCCCAGCGGGUAUUGGCUUCAUUCGCAAUUCUCGAGUGGUGCUGGAAGAUGGAGAUGACAUCAGAGUCUGGAUCGAAAAGAUAGGUACAUUAGUGAACAAGGUGCGGUACGAGGAGUGGUAG